CACCCCGUCAAUGCAUUCCCUCGUCGCCCAAUUUCUUGGCGGGAAACCCAGUCAACGAAGCAAGAGCUCCACACACAGAGAGAGACCAUGGCGGAGGAACAACAACCACAACAGAAAGAGGCUGCCCUGGAUAAACAGGUGGACGAGGACUACGCCGUGUGGAGGAAGAACACGCCGUUCCUCUACGACCUGGUCAUCUCGCACGCUCUCGAAUGGCCGUCUCUCACCGUCCACUGGGCCCCGCUUCCGGUCCCACUGUCACACGCCUCCGACUCAUCUCUCGCCGUCCACAGGCUCGUCCUCGGGACCCACACCGCCGAGGGCUCCCCCAACUUCCUCAUGGUCGCCGACGCUCUUCUCCCCAGAGAAGCGUCGGAGACCAGGGUAGAUGGCAAUGCCGCAAAUCCCAUUGUCCCUAAGGUGGAGAUAACACAGAAGAUACGCGUUGAUGGAGAAGUGAAUAGGGCGCGGUGUAUGCCGCAGAACCCGGUAAUUGUGGGUGCAAAGACAAGUGGGUCUGAGGUUUAUGUGUUUGAUUGUACCAAACAAUCAGGGAAGCAACAAGGGGGUGAUUGUGAUCCUGAUUUGAGGCUAAGGGGUCAUGAUAUGGAAGGGUACGGGUUGUCUUGGAGUCCCCUUAAGGAGGGAUACCUUUUAAGUGGCUCACAUGACCAUAAAAUAUGUAUGUGGGAUGUGUCUGCUGUGGCUCAAGAUAGGGUGCUUGAUGCGUUGCAUGUUUAUGAGGCUCAUGAAAGUGUGGUUGAAGAUGUAUCCUGGCACUCAAAGAAUGAAAAUUUAUUUGGGUCUGUGGGUGAUGAUUGUCGGUUGAUAAUUUGGGACUUGCGCACAAACCAACCCCAACAUUCUGUCAAAGCCCACGAGAAAGAGGUGAACUAUCUUUCUUUCAAUCCAUACAAUGAAUGGAUCUUGGCUACAGCAUCUUCGGAUACCACCAUUGGUCUCUUUGAUACAAGGAAGCUCAGUGUGCCGUUGCAUGUUUUAAGCAGUCACACAGAGGAAGUAUUCCAGGUAGAAUGGGAUCCUAACCAUGAGACGGUGUUGGCAUCGUCUGCUGAUGAUAGAAGGUUGAUGGUUUGGGAUCUUAACAGGAUUGGAGAUGAGCAGUCAGAGGGAGAUGCUGAAGAUGGUCCUCCGGAGCUUCUAUUUUCUCAUGGUGGCCACAAAGCAAAGAUUUCGGAUUUCUCGUGGAACAAGUAUCAGCCAUGGGUCAUUGCAAGUGUGGGUGAGGACAACACUGUUCAGGUUUGGCAAAUGGCUGAGGGCAUAUAUCGUGAUGAUGAUGACAUGCAAGCAGCUGAUGACUCACCAUAGAUGUGAUCCUUGGGUCUAAAAGCAAACUUUAACUUCCAGCUUGUUUGGUUUAGGUAGGAAACAUAUCCGACUUUUCACUUGAAAUGAUCAUCAUACUCGAAAAAUCUGUAGAUUCUAGAGUUCAUAUAUUGUCAAUUUGAAACAUUGUUAGUUAAGACUACUCAAGUUGUUCGUCUGAUUUAAAUCCUCUUGGAAGAGACUGAUGGAUCUUUGGAGGAGCCCUAGGCUCCACUUGUGAUGGCAAACGAUAUUCCCUUUUU